AUGUGUGCUUUGGGGUGGGGGUUUGACACGCAGGUAAAUGGUGCCAUGGUCAGUGUACCGGCAUUUCGUGAAUACUACGGAUAUGUGUAUCAAGGGAACCCCGUCAUACCAGCCAACUGGCUCAGUGCCUUUAAUGUCAUAUCCUCCGUUGGACAGUUUUUCGGCGGCUUUCUUUGCAGCUAUGUGGCCGAUCGCAUUGGCCGCAAGAAGAGCCUGGCCGUGGGAGUUGUUAUCGCUACGGGCGGUAUUUUCGGUGAGACCUUCUCAAGCAGUGCAGGGGCAUUUAUCGCUAGCAAGCUCAUCCUGGGAUUCGGUGUCGGAUUCUACUUGACUCUGGGGCCGAUCACUUGUUCAGAGAUCUCUCCCGUCGUUCUCCGUGGUCUUUCCUCAGCGGGCAUCAAUCUGGCAAUUGCAGUUGGCCAACUCGCCUCCAACGCGGCCACAAAGGGCUUCGGCAAUCGCAAUGAUGUCUGGGCCUUUCGAGGACCUUUUCUUGUUCAAAUUCUCUUUUCCGUCAUUCUCCUCACCGGAAGCAUCUUCUCCCCAGAAUCUCCGUAUUACCUCGUGCGCCAAGGUCGCGUCGACGAAGCGAAGCAUUCACUCCAAGCGCUGUUCGGGACACAAACCGACAUCACUCCAGCCCUCACCACGAUCCAGAGCACAGUGAAUGCAGAACGAGAAGCAUCGACUCCGAGCUAUAUCUCCGCCUUCCGUGGCACCGACCGAAUCCGCACGCUGAUCUCAAUCGGAGCAUUUACCUGCCAGCAUCUAGCCGGAAUUGUCUUCGUUCUCAGCUUUUCCACUUACUUCUUCCAAUUAGCAGGUGUCAGUACUUCUAGUGCCUUUGAUUUAGGCGUCGGGGUCACUGCCUGUGGCGUAGCUGGAAACUUCUGCUCCUGGUUCCUGGUCAACCGUGUAGGCCGUCGUCCCAUAUUCCUCGGCGGAAUGGUCGGCUGCACGACUCUACUUCUCCUGAUCGGGAUAUUAGACGUCAUACCAACCGGAGCGGCCAAAUGGGCCCAGGCCUCUCUCACUGUGGUGUAUUCCUUUGUAUAUUUUCUCACCAUUGGUGCGGUGGCCUUCGUCCUUUUGGGCGAGGUGUCAUCUUUACAAUUAAGAGCGAAAACAACAGCAUUGGCGACCGCUACUCAAGCAGUCUGGAGUAUUGUUAUGAAUUUCGUGGUGCCGUAUAUGGUCAACCCAGAUUCCGGGAAUCUGAAAGGGAAGGUCGGGUUUAUUUUCGGGGGAAUGUCGUUGGUCACGACGCUACUGUGUUUCCUUUAUAUUCCCGAACUGAAAGGGAAAACGUAUGAAGAGAUAGAUGUUUUGUUUCGCAGUAGGGUGCCGCCGCGCAAGAUGGGAACCUAUUAG